AAUGUCUUAAUAUCGGUUUUGUUUGUUUUAAUUCGUAAUUCGUGUCAACGUCUAUAGGUGUGACUUAGCGUUCAGAAUUAAGACAAACCCAAUAAUGUAGUACCUACGAUUGUCACAAGUUCUAUUGUUCACAAUAAUAUUGAAUAAACCGGCUAGCAUCAUUAAUCAUCUUAAGAUCACUUUGAAUACAUAAAUGUUUAACAUUCGCAAAUCUCUUUUAGAUCUCGGCCUAUUGCCUUCCACUUCCUAAAUCCUUAUUUACAUAACAUUUAGUAAAUUUAUGAAUAUUUCAUCCGAAUAUUAAUAGCCAAGUAUUAUUUUACCUCACUAAAAGACCUUUUACGUAACGUUUUGGUUCUCACGCUACGGAAGGAAAAUGCUCAUUUCUCUUCUAAUUCAUGUCAUUUACUUCGAAAAUGAGGCUACAAAGUCGUUAUCAUAGACCAUAUCACUGUAGCCAAAGUUGAGAUCUCUCAAAAAGUUGUUACUUUCUUAGCCAACUAAUAUUUUUGGCACAUUAUCCUAUUUUGCUCACUAUAACAUUUUUUCUUUGUUACAGAUACACAACGGCUAAACUAUUAUUAUGAGAAAAUAAAAUAAAAAUAGAUGUACACGGUUGUUGCUACUUCAAAAAUGAGACCACUAAAUCUAAAUGACAAUGACGCUUCGCCGGUCUGACAGCUUGCCCACGCGACUACGGGCGGCGCCUGUCCUAUCAGACCCCGACAACGCGCGGCCGGUGGACAGAAUACCCGACUCCAACACCAGCCCUAAUAUUUGUGACGCACCCGCACGCGACGAAGUUAUCGCCACUUGGAAAUCCCUACACACGGAUGUCAAGAAAAUAAAAAAUGGAUUCGGACCAAAAAACGAGCAACAAAGUCGGGCUGAAGAUAGAAACGAUUACGUUACACAAAGUUUUAUUAGGGAUAAAACUUUUGCAUGCCAUGGAAGGGAUGAGAGAAGGAAAAUAUCAUACGAAAGCCGACGUGUUACGGUCGAACCUACUAAUAGCAAUCGAUGUCCAUCAUUUCUGCUGGAUACGGGCCAAGCAGGAACUAGUGAGUGUGGCAAGAAUCCAGUACACCGGCGACGAUCGCUGCUGCAGCGACUGUUGUCGUGGAGAACUCCAGAAUGUGACUGUCAGGAAAGAUAUGUGCCGAAAUACCAAUCUGCUCAAAGACUACAAUCCGAUGACUGGUUGUGCACGUGUGGAGUUAGUAGCAAACGGUUCACUCAACCAAACAAGUGCAACAAGAACCGGGAGCGGGGUCGCUCCAAAAGUGUAGGCUAUGAAGCGGCACGUGAAGUGGCUCAGUUUCGUCGGUGUGCGAGUGCUGGCGCGACUGUGGGCGCGGAGACGGCGGCGGCUCUGCGGGCGCGUGCGGCGCUCACGCUAGCCCGUCGCUACUACCCCGAGGGUGGUUGGGGAUGGACCAUUACCGUAGUCGGCACUAUCGUGCAAGUACUCUCCCACGGCCUGCAGCUUGGCGGUGGCCCGGGACCCAUAGCCUGCACGGCUGCUAUCAAGUAUCAUGUAUCUCCUUUGUAUACUCAUGGAUGCCUAGGUGCGCUGUCAGCGGGUGUGUCGCUGGCCCUCUCCCCGGUGACGGUUGCGCUGUGCGUGCGCAAGUCGACGCGCGUCACCGCUGUCGUAGGCGGCCUCGUCGCCGCCCUCGGCUGCCUCUUUACUUCCUUCGCCACGCAGUUCCACCAGCUCUUCUUCAGCUAUGGGACGGUGGUCGGUGUGGGCGUGGGCCUGACAAGAGACUGUUCAACGCUGAUGGUGGCGCAAUACUUCAAACGGAGACGAGAGCUCGUCGAAAUAUUUAUCGUCAGCGGCAGCGGAUUAGGGAUCGCAGUAAUGUCCACGUUCAUCAAAGGUGCCAUAAGAGCGAUAGGCUGGCGACUGGGACUGCAGGCUGUGACGGGGGUAGUAUUUGCAACAUUUAUAUUGGGCACAUUCUAUCGAUCAGCAUCUCUAUAUCACCCACAAAGAAGAGCGAUAUUGCACCUUAAGAAUCAGAAUAAGAUCAAACGGAAGAUGAAAGAUAGAAACAAAACUGAUGACCGACAGCCAUUCUUCGACUUCUCCACACUAAAGUCAAAAACAGUGAGGAUAUUGCUGAUGUCAACGGGAAUAUCGGCGUUUGGUAUAAAUACGCCGAUAUUUUACCUGGCUUAUCAUGCUGAAGAAGAAGGUCUAGGUGAUACAGUGGAGCUCCUGCAGGCAUACCUGGGCUUGGCCUGGGCAGUAGGAUGUGCAGCAUUCGGGUUGUUGGUGCGUCAGAACUCAGCAGAAUGUAGAAUAGCCCGCCAGUACCUGACACAAGCCGCCGUGUUCGUCUGUGGACUCGCGACAAUGGCCCUGACGGCCGUCGAGGGCUCUUACAGGGGAUACGUCCUGUUUGCUUGGGUUUACGGUAUAUUCUGCGGAGGCUACCACUACUCGCUGAAGAUGUACACGUAUGAACGCGUGCGCUCGCGCAACUUCGCUCGCACCUGGGGCUUCGUGCAAUGCUCACAGGCCGUUCCUAUAGCCAUAGGGGUGCCAUUAUCAGGGUACAUAAACGUGGGUUGCGGCGGCAAGGCGGGCUACUACUUUAGCUCGACUUGCUCUCUCAUCGGAUCUCUAUCUCUCUUCUGCAUUGAUCUUCAUAGGCGCAGUGUAGCGCACAAACACACCAAAGAAAACGGGGGUACCGCAAAUUGCGAGUCGACGUGCGAACCGUCGCGGCGAAGUAGAAGUCGCGACCGGGAGCCGCGCGCCGCCGCGGGCGCAGCCACCGCAUUAGUUCUAGGAGCAGAAUUAGUAGCACCAGGUCGCACAGGUCGCGACCUCCUGUUGGACAGCAUUAGGCCCGGCACUCUCGGCUCUCCACCACCAAACGUGCCGCCCGAGCUGACCUGCAUCAGUGAGGAGGGAGGCCUCGACCUUGACCUAGACCUGGAUAUACCAGAGCACCUGCUUGAAGACUUAGACUGCGGGGGUGAUUGUAUCACUAGUUGUAAUAAGGUGGAAAACUAUUUAAUGUUAAGUGAAUACGAAAAUAAUCUGAUAGCCGAACUACCGAACUUGAACGAGCGGCGCGGCCGGCGCUGGUCCGUCGUGGUCGCGAACUCUUCGCCGCAAGCAUCAACCAUCCCGGAACGCCCAAACUCACCAGAAAUCCACUCCAAAAACUCUAUCAAGUGGAAGAAAAAGUGCCAUAACACAAAUAAUAGACUGAUUACAGUGAUCAAUGAGGCGUCACUAUAAAAUACUAGUGAAAUAAUAAUCAGACAAUAAAUAGAAAGUAAAUCGGUUAGUGUAUGACCUAUAACCUCAUUAAUUUAUUUCAUGUGUGUGAAUAGUAGCGAUUGUGUAUUGUUCAAUAAUUUAUUAAAUUAUUAUUACAAU